GCCUCAAGGAGAACGUUAAUUUCCUACAGCUAGAGUUUCGUAACCACCAGAAUGUCUAAAUUAGAUGUCUUCAGGGAUUUGAUCACUCAACGAUUAACAACGGCAGCUUUGGAGAUAUUCGCGGCCGCUGAAAAAUCGUUUGCGGAGUUCGAAGAGGAGAUUUAUCAUUCAAAGGAGGAGAGCGCGCGACUGCAACGGUUGUUGGACAUUGUUACUCCACCUGAAAUCAAGCUUCACCGAACAGAUGUGCAGCAGUUCUCUCUCCCGGAGCCCCCACAGAUUAAAGAGGAACAGGAGCUGUGGACCAGUCAGGAGGAAGAGCAGCUCCAAGGACUGCAGUCUGAAACUACACACUCCAUGUUCACUUCUACCAGUGUGAAACAUGACUGGGAUCAGGAAGGCUUUUCUGAAUGUUCACAUCUUGACCAAACUGUUAAAGUGGAGAACAGAGAAGCAGACGCUCAUGUACUAGACUAUGCAGCACCAGAACUGGACAGUGACUCUCAGCCCCUCUCUGUUGAAGCUCCAGACUGUCCUACAGCUCAGAGUUUGGAGGAGGAGGAACAUGGAGGAGUGCUGCUUCUUCUGAACAGAACACAAAACAAUGAGGCUCUGCCAAGGGAACAUAUGCCACAGAGACGUCACAUAGGAGAAACAAAACAUCAGUGUCAACAAUGUAACAAAACUUUUAGUGGAAAAGGUGCUUUGGUUUUUCAUAUGAGGACACACACAGGAGAGAAAUCUUAUCAAUGUCAACAAUGUAACAAACGAUUUGCUGAAAGUGGUUCUCUGUUGAAACACAUGAGGACACACACAGGAGAGAAACCCUUUCAAUGUCAGGAAUGUAACAAACUAUUUGCUAGAAGAUAUACUCUGGUUGAACACAUGAGGACACACACAGGAGAGAAAUCUUAUCAAUGUCAACAAUGUAACAAACGAUUUGCUGAAAGUGGUUCUCUGUUGAAACACAUGAGGACACACACAGGAGAGAAACCCUAUCAAUGCCAGGAAUGUUACAAAAUGUUCUGUUUGAAGUCACAUUUGGUUGUGCACAUGAGGACACACACAGGAGAGAAACCGUAUCAAUGUCAACAAUGUAACAAACGGUUUAGUAAGAAUUGCAAUCUGGUUGUGCACAUGAGGACACACACAGGAGACAAACCAUAUCCGUGUGAGGAAUGUAACAAACAGUUUGCUCUGAAGUGCAAUCUGAUUGGACACAUGAGGACACACACAGGAGAGAAACCUUUUCAAUGUAAGGAGUGCAGCAAAUUCUUUGCUCAAAGUAGUUCUCUGUAUAAACACACAAGGACACACAGGAGAGAAACCGCAUCAGUAACAACAAUGUAACAGAUCUUUAGCUGGGAAGCUACAGCCUAUAUGAAGCAAGUAGAAAAUACCUGGGCUAUCUUACACUCCAUUUACACUGCAGCGACGCGACAACAUGCUUUCCAAUAAUUUUCAAUGGAGCCAGGCGAAUUGUGGGUAGCGACACGACGCGAUUAGAGUUGAGAUUUUCUCUACUUUAUGCAAAUGAGGAGCGAUUUUCGCUAGUGAUGGCCAAUCGGAGUGUUUUCUUGUUUCUCGUAACGUAGCAACCAUGGUAAACAUUUCUAGCUUUCAGUUUCAAGAUGGAGGAGAAACUAAUCGCCUGUGUGGCUGCAUAUCCAGUCCUGUACGAUACGUCUCUGUAUUUGUACAGAGACAUUAAUAAAAAGAAUGAGGCCUGGCGCAGGGUUACCGUCGUUGUCG